AUUAUUAUUAUUGUUUUUUUAAUUAAAGAAAUGUUUUUUGUUAUCUGAGAUUAAAAUAAUUCGGAGAAUAAUUGAUGCCACCGGCACAAAUUUGUUGACAGGAACCAGUAGGUUUGGAGUAGUCGUUUAGAAUUUAACGGGUCAUUUCAAUUCAAGGUGUUGUGUUGUCUAAACUAAACUUGUUUUAGAAUCUAAGUCUUUUAAUUAAAUUGAAAUAUUAAUAUGGAGGAUCAAACUGGCCAACUUACCAAGGUCAAAUACCCAAAGUCGAUAUUUUUUAUUAUCGCCAAUGAGUUUUGUGAGAGAUUUUCGUUUUUUGGAAUUAGAACAAUAUUAUGGCUAUUUGUCAGUACAAAAUUGGGAUAUUCAGAAAAUGUCAGUCUUUCAAUUUACCAUUCAUUUUCUAUGCUCGUUUAUUUUUUUCCAUUAAUGGGAGCAAUUUUGGCUGACUCGUUGCUUGGAAGAUUUAAAACAAUAUUUUACCUGAGUAUAAUUUAUUCUGUUGGACAAAUGAUUUUAUCUGCUAGUACAGUUCCAGAUCUAGGACUACCAAUAAGAGAAUCAUCAUUGAUUGGUCUAUUUUUAAUAGCACUUGGUGCUGGAGGAAUUAAGCCAUGUGUUGCUGCAUUUGGAGCUGAUCAAUUCGUACUUCCACAACAAAGUGAAAGCUUAAAAACUUAUUUCUCCAUGUUUUAUUGUACUGUAAAUAUUGGUGGUGUAAUAUCAGCAGUAUUAACAACUGAAAUUAGAAGCAGAGUUAAAUGUUACGGAGAAGAAGAUUGUUAUUUUAUUGCUUUUUUAAUUCCAACCGUUCUCAUGGGAUUAUCAAUAAUAAUAUUUGGACUUGGAAGACCACUUUACAAAGUUAAAAAACCAGAAGGAAAUGUCGUAUUGAAUGUUAUUAAAUGUAUAUUUUAUUCAAUAUCAAAAAAAAUUAAUUACAAUCAAGAGAAUAGAGUGGAACGUGAGCACUGGCUUGAUCAUGCUGAUGAUAAAUAUGACAAAGCUUUAAUAAGUGACAUUAAAGCAGCACUAAAAGUACUUGUUCUUUUUGUUCCUUUGCCAAUGUUUUGGGCAUUGUAUGAUCAACAAGGUUCAACAUGGACAGAAAUGGCAAAUUACAUGGAUUGUCAAAUUGGAAGUUUCCGUCUUGGUGCUGAUCAAAUGCAAAUAAUGGAUCCAAUACUGCUAGUCUGUUUCAUUCCAAUUUUCCAAACAUUUAUCUAUCCAAUGUUUGCCAGAGUUCGUCUUCUUGAUACACCACUCAAAAAAAUGACAACAGGUGGAUUUUUAGCAGCUAUUGCAUUUUUAAUAUCUGCUGUUGUUCAAUUCCAAUUGGAUACAACUUAUCCAGCUGUUCCAUCAACUGGCUUUGGACAAUUGAGAAUUGUAAACCCUCAAAAUUGCAUGGUACCAAUGACUAUCAAUGGAGAGGCAUUUAACCUAGAGCCAUAUGGAGUGUGGAAUAAUAUUGUCAUUGAAAUUGACGAGAAGAAAACAUUCAAUUAUACAGCUAACUUUGAAUCUUGUGGUAAUCCACGUACAUCUUCUGGUAAAAUUGAUGCUAUUGAAGGGCAAGCAUUAUCCUAUGUCAUUGAGCCGAAUAACUACUUAUACAAGUAUAAUGACAAUGUUAAAAAAACAAAAAAUAGUAAUCCAGCAAUGCGAGUACUUGUUUACAAUUCAAAAAAUGAUAGUCCAACAAAUGUAACAAUGUACAAGAAUGGUCGGAGUGUUCAUGACUUCAAAAUAAAUGGCACAAUGAUUGAGACAGCACCAGCACAAGCAUCACAAAUCAAUGAAUUUGAAGCUGGAACGUACCAAGUAUAUGUAAAUGGACAAAUGUUAACAAAUGAAAUUAUCAUGAAGAUUGGAGGUGUCUAUACACUCAUUGUUGAUAUAGCUCAUGAUUCAAAAGAUCCAAGUGCCAAGUUGUUAACAAUAAGACCACCAAAUUCCAUGCAUGUAUUAUGGCUGAUACCACAAUAUAUUAUCCUGGCAAUGGCUGAGGUAUUGUUUGCUGUUACUGGACUUGAAUUUGCAUUUACCCAAGCACCAGGUACCAUGAAAUCGUUGCUACAAGCAUCCUGGGUUUUAACAACAGCCAUUGGAAAUUUGUUAGUGUCAGUAAUAAGUGCAUUUAAAUUAUUUAACAGCAAAGUUUAUGAAGCAUAUUUUUAUGUUGUUCUCAUGGUUAUUGCAAUGUCUGUGUUUACUUUGAUGACACGUUUUUAUGAGUAUGCUGAUUCUGAAAAGAUUGAAGAAACUGAAGAAAUUCAAAGUUCAUCAGAAGCCAACGAUAAAAAAAAGUAAAGUAAAGUGAAGUGAA